CCUAUUUACAAGUUACUUAUGAUUCCUGUUUUGUUUUUGCACCCGAUCAGCCGAUAAUCGCGUACGAUCACGUUAUUAUUAGCCUUAUCACUUCGCCGUGCAUGCAACCUGUCACAUUAAACGCAAACUGAAUUAACGAAACGAGCCUAAGAAGUUUAAAUUACGAGCACUUGUACGAGUGCUUGUAAGUCUCGUAGCUCAAAAAUUCUCAGAGCGUUAUCCGUGGACCUAUCUAAUCGACGAAUCGAGUUCGUUCUUCACCGCGGCAGGUCUGUCUUAAAAAAAAAAAUCAGAGUCAGAUAUUGACCAGUCGUGGUCGCGGAACGUCGUUUCACGUCGCAGUUAUCAGGUUUAUCGAAAUUUCUUUCGUUACGCAUCGUCGAUUCACCGACUGGUAAACAGCGGACGACUAUGUUUGCCCGAGCUUCAAGACAAACGCUGAUUAGAGACUAUCCGUCAUCCGUUCGCGAAUGAUCCUCCGCGGUCCGCGACGCGAGUGCUCCUGUUGCCAAAGUCGACGCACGUCGAUUUUUGGAGCCGUCCACGCCGUCAAGCACCCGUCCAGGUCACGUUGUGGUUGCAUCGAACCUGGCUGAUAAGUGUUCUUCAGCGUCCAGGAUGAACAAGAGUGUGCAUUACGCGUUGGUGGCGUUCUGGGAGAAGUCAGGGUGCAAAAUCGUCGCGGAUUAUCCUUCCAAGCAGGACCCGGCUCACAGGGCGAUCGCCCUUAGCACCGUGGAUGGACUGAAACCCCUGGAAAACGACAAGAUCAGCCUCGAUCGGGGCAAGUACACCGUGCACGUGCUGAUAAGCGAGCUGCACUACGUCUGUCUGACCUCCAAGCCAGAGUGUCCUGCUUCAGCAGCCACCCUGGAGUCCUGCGUCCACGUGUUCCUGGAAAAAUUGCGUAGCGUGUAUAGGGAGCUGCCCAUCAUAGCAGACCUGUCGACGGACCUGUCCAAUCUCGCUGUCAUCGACCUUUCCAAGCCGCUGAAGAAGAUAGUCGAGGAGUACAAUCGACAAGAGCCCGACAUAAUUCCAAGGCUGGAGGGAGAGCUGGCAGAAAUUCGCAAGGCCUUGAUGGACGGAGUGCAGAAGCUCAUGGACAGGGGCGAAAGGCUGGACGAUCUCGUUCGAAAGACCCAGAGUCUGCAAAUAAUGUCUCGAAAAAACUUCUACGUGGCAAAGUCCCACAAAAAGAAGAACAUGGUGGCGGCCGCAGCAGCAGCAACUCUCAUGUUCGUCUCCACGUCCCUCUUCGUUGUCCUGCUGUACAUCGGGAUCCUGUGAAGACAAAACAUACACCAUAAACAACGUCAUCGAAAUGUACCAGCGAAUAAAUUA